AUGGAGGAAGUCACCGCCCACCUCGGCCCCUUGAAACCCGAGGCUGCGCAGUCCCGGGGUUUCCAUGACGACAACGUCGGUAGGGGGACCCUGACGGGUGGGGCCCCUAGGGAGCGUGCGCAUGCGCGCUGCGCGCCGGACGCGGAAAGUCUGGAGUCGCGGACGCCGCUGGUGGCGGGGUCCCUGAGCCCCGCGCUGUGCUUCGCAGUAUCCCGCUCGCUGGUGCUGACCUGCCUGGUGCCGGCUGGCCUGCUGGGCCUACGUUACUACUACAGCCGCAAGGUUAUCCUCGCCUACCUCGAGUGCGCACUGCACACAGACAUGGCGGACAUCGAGCAGUACUACAUGAAGCCGCCCGGCUCCUGCUUCUGGGUGGCCGUGCUGGACGGCAACGUGGUGGGCAUCGUGGCAGCGCGUGGCCACGAGGAGGACAACACGGUGGAGCUGCAGCGCAUGUCUGUGGACUCGCGGUUCCGAGGCAAGGGCAUCGCCAAGGCGCUGGGCCGCAAGGUGCUGGAGUUCGCCCUGGUGCACAACUACUCGGCGGUGGUGCUGGGCACGACGGCCGUCAAGGUGGCCGCCCACAAGCUCUACGAGUCGCUGGGCUUCAGACACAUGGGUGCAAGCGACCGCUACGUGCUGCCCGGCAUGACCCACUCGCUGCCUGAGCGCCUCUUCUUCCAGGUCCGCUACCACCGCUACCGCCUGCAGCUGCGCGAGGAGUGACCGCCCGCCUGCUGCCCGCCUGCCCGCUGCGCCCGGCCACCCGCCCGCCCUCCCACGCCUGCCCACCGCCUGCCUGCAGCCCACCUGCCCGCCUGCUGCGGCCGGCUUCCAGAUACUCACCUUAGCAUUUUAGGUUGGGUUUCUCCUUUUUCUGUGUCCCAUGGUUCUCUGGCCAUUUCUUGGGGUGCAGGGGGUGCCUUGUUUGUGGCGCUUUGGAGCGGGUGAGUUUGUCUUCAGGGGCCCUCCCACCACCACUGUCACAGCCUUCUGGGCCAUCCCCCCCAGGCCCCAGAGGGACCUGGAAGCCCACUGUGGCUGUCGUUCACCCUUCCUGGCCCCCACCGUCUGGGGCCACCUUGCUGCCUGGGCCUUGCCCAUUGAACACAGAACCCCUGCUACUGUGUGGGUGGCUGGGCCACUGGGUGUGGGGCCGGGCCAAGGGGUUGAGCUGGCCUGGCCGCUUUGCUCCGAGCAUGCUGAGGCUGUGGUCUGGCCACGGUGCGCCCGCAUGCCCGCAGCCCCUGCCCGCUGCCUGUCCGGAUCAGACCCCACCCCGAGACCCACCCGGCUGAGUGAGUGAGGGAGGGAUCGAGCGCAGGAGGAUGGGUCCUGCUGCCCCCGCCCUCAUUGGCCCCUGGCUACACCCCGUCCAUCACCCAUGGUCCCUUUUGCUUUGCUGUCCUGCCCCCCUCCUUUCCUCUGCUCCAACCCCUCCCUUGCUGAUUGGCAGCACGUUUGAGGUGUGGUUCCCAUAGCAACCAAGCACAGCUUGGUCUGGCCCCUCUGCAGAGUGGGCCUGGGCAGGGGGCGGUGGGGGGGAGGGGCCCUCCUCCCACCGCCCCAGCUCUCGCGUGGCCCCCUCAACCGUCCCCAGGACUGCCCUGUUUCCAGAUGGGCCGGUCUGUGCACCUGACGACCCCAGGCCACCCCAGGUCGCAGCUGCCGCCACCCAGCUGGCCCACAGCUUCCCCAGCCUGAACCCAACCCCGUUUUUAAUAAGUUAUUAGACAGAAUAGCAACACUGCAUGAUUUUACUUCUUGGGACAAAACGGUAGCUUGUACCUAAGACAACACGCACUCCUCCGGGUGGCGGAGGGCGGUGCCCAGUUCUGGUGGGGUGGCCCGAAGGUUUCAAGGGAGUCCUCAGUGGGAGAGCAGCGUUUCUCCCAAGGGAGCACCUGCUGGUGAGCAGUUGGGGGUGCCCCAUGCCCGCCUGGGCAGAAGCGUCCGGGGGUGCCCUAGGGCAGCACUUCAGGGAUGAGGGGGAGUGGGGUCUCAGCCCUGUCCCACCUUGGGGCCUGGCUGUGUCCCCAGGUCCCAGGCAGGCCUGGCCUGGCUUGGGGGUGGGCUGGGAGGGGAGCGGUCGCCUGUGGUCGUGGUGGUGCUGCCGCUGUCACGUCCAGCUGUGAGCCUGGGCCGGCCACUCUGGCCACGGGGCAGGAGUGCCAGCCAGGCCCCCUUCCUCUGGGGGCUCGUGGAGGGGAGGGUGAAGGCGGCCGACCCCCGAGCUGAGCCCCAGCUCCCAGGCUCUUGGCGGGUGGGCGGGCCGUCGCCCUGGCAGGCGCUGCAGUGAAUGGGUCUGUGGAGCCCGGCCAGCUCCCGGGCUUUGUUCUGGUGGCGCCCGCGUCCGUCCGCACCGUUUGCGGAACCCUGUACAGCCCCCGCUCCCUGUACAUUCCCCGGCGGUGCCCGGCCCUGCGCGGGGCGGGGUUGUAGACUGUACAGAAAUCGGCACCCUAUUUUCUUGCAGCACUCAGAUUUUGUUAAUCUGGAUAUACAGACAGACGUAAAGUGUUUUAGCAAAACAGCAAACAGUCUGUGCCUUUCUUCCCUCUUCCGGUCUGGUCUGGUUGGGAAUUGGGGCUGGUCUUAGCUGGCUUUGGCGUGCGGAGGGGGCCCGCUUGCUGGGCAGCCUGGCUAGGGCCCUGGGACUGGGGUGGGGUGGUCAGCGGCCUGUGGGACAGGUUCUGGUGGGGGGCAGCCUAGUUGAUCCUGUGCCUUUGCAGCUUCGAGGGUCUGGGUGGGGACGGAGUAGGGGUGUGUGUGUGUCCCUGGAGCCCACUGAGCCGGGCAGAACCUGUCCUCCCCAUGCACUUGGCUGCCUGUGCUGAUGGUGUUCAAGGGCCCUGGUGGAGUCUGGCCAUGCUGUCCUGGGGUGUCUGUCUGUCUGCCCACCAGCCAUGGAGUCUGUGGGUGGGGGGGCUUGUCCUAUCCCAGCUGCAGGGCCAGCGGGUUGUGGGGGAUGCUUGCCUUCUUUGCUGCUCUUGUUGCUGCCCAGGAUGUGGGGCUCGGAGCCGCUGACUGGCCAUGGCUCUCUGCACUCCCUACUAAGCGGGCAGAGGGGUCCAGCGGGCUGGGUUCCCACCAUGCCCUGUGGCCUCCCCUGGCCUGAGAGUGGGCGCUGUGCCAGGGUGCACUGAGCCGGGCCUUUGCUAUGCCCAUGCCCACACUACCUCUGUGAUGUGUCCGUGUGCUGGAGCUACUUUCUCUGAGUGACUGGCCCUGGGCCUUGCUCUCCCGCCCUGCUGCCUCGUGGCCUUGGCACUUGGCAGAGGUCUUGUGCUUGGGGAGGGGGUGGGAGCUGUUAGAGGAACUGGGCAGACAGACCUGACCCCCCAGCUCUGGGAGGGCUGGCCCUGAUCACACCCUGAGGCCAUCUUGAUGCCCCUGGGGGCUCUGUGUGUGGCUGCAUGUGGCAGCUUGGGUAUUUGUUCUCAAAUGUGGCGGGCCCAUUGGUCACUGGCCACCAGGAGGGCAUCUCCCACUGACUUUUCACUCCCCGGCUCAGCCUUCCCCACCGUGGGCAGAGGCUACGGAGCCAGUCUGGCCUGGCAGCCAGAGCACGUCUCCCAAUUGUGGGAACCGAGGGGUGGCCCUGUGGUGGGUGGGCCCGCUCUGGUCGGAGACCCUGUGGACAGGUGGCCUGGGCCCACAAGGCCUUGGGGAGCCUCUCCCGGGUCUCAGUGAGCAGCUUUCCCUAGAGGAGGGGGUGGGCCAUCCAGGCCCUUGGGGGAGUUAGGGCAGAGGGUAACCCCUAUUUAGGGUGAGGGCGCCCUUGAAGUCGGUUCUUUUGGGUACCUCGAAAGUGCUCAGGAAGGUCUCCGGGACCUGGGCCCUGGCACCGGGAGCCUUUGCCGUAGUGAUCCUCCCCUUAGCCAGGGGCCACACGGGGCUUCCUGCGGCUCACUGGGGCCUUGGGGAGCGUCUCUGAUGGUGUCCUUGUCUGGGACCUGGGGUGAGUGCUGGCUGGGUGGCAGAGGCUGGUGCCAGCUGACAGGUGUUCUGCAGAGGGGGGGUACCCUCCCAGGCAGGGCAUCUUGGGGCCUGGGGUCCAGGAGCAUGAACCCUAGCAAGGACCACUAUUGGAUAUGGGUUUUUGUUUUGUUUUGUUUUAAACAGCAAUAAUUAGCCAUUUUAAAGAUGUGAGUGGGGUGUGUGUGUGUGUGUGUGUGUGGGGCGGGUGUUGGAGGGACCCUGGGGAAGCUGAGAAGGGAACAUGGGGGAGAACCAGGCAGAGAAAGUGGGCUGGCUCAGGUCCUUUGCCUACUACCCCUACCCAUGCCACCCCAGAGCCUGUGGGCGUUCCUCCUCCAUGCCCCUCUGGUCUCAUCCUGGCUGUCUGGGGUCCAGCGUAGGGCCGUGAACAUGGCUCAUGUUCCCUUGCUGGUCGGUGGGAGCCCACUAGCUGCACAUAGCUUCGGAGUCGUGGGGCGGCCGUGGUUUGGGGAGUGGACCCUGGGGCUGGGAGUGUGGGGAGGCAGGGCUGGCCGGGCCCCUUGGGGAUGUGGGGCUGCCACGGCCACGUGACUGCAUCACUUUCCUGGAGCUGCUGCAAUCUGUUGUGGAGAUGUAGCCAGCUGGAGGGCAGGAGGGCCAGGCCUCUGGCCAUGGCCAAUGGGCGAGCCCACAGAGGGGAGGGUGAGAGCGUGGGGUAAGUGAACUGUGAGACCACAGCUUGGCGAUUGUCCUGAGACCCCAGGAUGUGCCAAAAAGCCCCUGGGGGGCGUGUGGGGGUGAAGGAGCUGAGUUCUGAGACGGCAUGGGGCUGCCGCCUGCUGGUCCCGGGGUAGUCUUGGUCCUGGGCGCUGUGUGACCCAUGCCUGCAUGGCCCCAAGCUGCUGUUUGUCAAUAAAAACCAGUUGACAGA